AACCCAACCACUCACUUAAAAAUGUUCCUCCAACUUCCUCAGGAUCAAGUCGACUCCUGUCCUGUUCCUGGCCCUUCCACACGUAUAAUGUGCUCCCGCGGGUCUUUUUAAAACUUCGCUGAGUUCAAAACUUCGACCUAACUUGUGUUCUUGGCCGCGUGUGGAACUGCGCUCCAAGUGCUGAGAUGUGGUGGAUGCUGUUCCCGCGUUGGAUCUGGUUUGUGGCCAGUGUGUGGAUGGAGCUCCAAGUUGGGGUUAUGCCUCAUCUCGCCUACUCACACGUGGGGAUGUGCCCGAACGACAUGAAUCCUAACCUCUGGGUGGACGCCAUGAGUACUUGUACAAGAGAGUGUGGAUCAGAUCAGGAGUGUGAAUCCUUUGAGAAAUGUUGCCAGAACGUGUGCGGGAAUCGUAGUUGUGUGGCAGCCCGAUACGUGGUUGGGGAGAAAGGCCCUGUGGGCAUGCCCAAGGAAGCGACCUGUGCCAGCUUCAUGUGCGCCCAGCAAGGGGCAGAGUGUGACAUCUGGGAUGGCCAGCCAGUGUGUAAAUGUCGGGAUCGUUGCGAGAGGGAGCCUCACUUUACAUGUGCUUCGGAUGGCAUGACCUACUACAACAAGUGCUACAUGGAUGCUGAGGCCUGUUCCAAGGGUAUCAGCCUCUCCGUUGUCAUGUGUCGUUUCCACCUCACCUGGCUGAGUACGAGCCCUGCGUUACCCCCGGUGACUACUUUCCACCCGACGACCACUCCCCUGCAGGUGACCGUCCCACCUCCCGCAGUGCCUCAGGCGCCUCUCAUCUUGAGCACCCCCGUUCAGCAAACUCUAAAUGUGGGUGACACGGCCAGCUUCCUGUGUGAUGUCACGGGGGGAUCCCCGCCUGAGAUCACUUGGGAAAAACAGCUUUCGGAAGGUGUCAACAAGGUGGUCAUGGGGCGCAAUCACGUCCGGGGGAAUAUGGUUGUCACCAACGCUGGUCAGCUUGUCAUUUACAGCGCCAAGAUGCAUGACUCGGGUGUCUACAUCUGCACAGCUCGGAACCCGUCUGGCUCGGUACAAGUCCACCACGCACUCAUGGUGCUGCCCAUAGAGCCAUCAAAGAGUCCAGUAGCUAUGGACUUGACCCGGUGCUCCCCUGAGGAGUGUCUGAAACCCCCCGACAAUCCCAACCUCUGUGGAAGUGACCUUGAGAAAGUGAGCUGGUUCUAUGACUCGCUAAGCAACAACUGCAUCUCUUUUACUCACUGCCACAGCAACAGCCAACAGCCAAGGAAGUUGUUUGAGACCCACGACAAGUGCAUGCAGUGCUGUGGUCCUGAGUUGUCGGGCCCCUGCGACCUCCCAAGUCUGCAAGGCCCAUGUAAGGCCUAUGAGCCCCGUUGGGCCUACAGUAGCAGCCUGCGCCAAUGCCAGUCAUUCAUCUACGGAGGAUGCGGGGGCAAUGACAACAACUUUGAAUCCAAAGAAGCGUGCGAAGAGAUGUGCCCCUACCCCCAAAACCACAACUGCAAAGCCUGUAAGCCGAGAGGUAAGAUAGUGACCAGCUUCUGUCGCAGUGACUUUGUCGUCCUGGGACGCAUGACUGAGCUCGCAGAGGAGAAAGACUCUGGCCAUGCUCUUGUGACUGUGGAGGAGACCCUCAAGGAUGAGAAGAUGGGCCUCCGCUUUUUUGGUAAGGAAGCUCUCGAGGUAAACUUCAUCAACAUGGACUGGAACUGCCCGUGCCCCAACAUUACAGGCGCUGCUGCCGAGGGCCAGGUUAUCAUCAUGGGUAACGUUCGCGAAGGUAUGGCUGUGCUGGAGCCGCACAGCUACGUAGGCGCCUCAAGUCCUCGUCGCGUCCGAAAGCUUCGAGAGGUCAUCUCCAAGAACACUUGUGACAUUCUCAAAGCCAUCACCAACAGUCCUCUAUAGGCUAUUUGAAGGUCGACUACAUUGAAGGGAAACGACACAACUCUGUCUUUGUAGUUCCAUUAACCUCCAUACAGGAACUACACAGCUUUGGCAAUUCAUUCUAUGUGUUUUGAACUGAAAACUGACCAACCACUUACUAUUUACCAGAUACAGCCAUGUAUCAGUGGCAUUGCUCAGACUUGGUGACAUCACACCACUUCUACUUAGGUAGACUGUAUAU